AUGCACUGCGCGCGUCAACUGUGGCUACGCUCGCAACAACAAGAAAACUUCGCUGAAGAAAUAGCUGCGCUACAGAAAAGCGUCGCUAUACCAACUACGAGUCGACUGCACAACUUAUCAGUCAUACUCGACGAAGAGAAGAUCAUCAGACUACGUUCAAGAAUAGCGACUGCCGCCGACAUCACCCCAUCGCAACGUGAACCGGCAGUACUCGACGGCAAUCAUCGGUGGACCCGACUGUACAUCGCUUGGGUACACAAACAGCUUCACCACGGCGGGUUCGAGACAACUGCGAAUGAAGUCCGGCAACACUACUGGGUGCUGAGACUACGACACGCCGUGCGCAGCGAAGUGAAGCAAUGCCUGGCCUGCCGCAUACGGAAGGCCACACCUGCGCAACCGUCGACGGGCAACCAUCCACAUACACGGCUCGCGCAUCAUCAGAGGCCGUUCACCUACACCGGACUCGACUACUUUGGCCCUCUCAUGGUCACUGUGGGUCGUACGAAGCAGAAGAGGUACGGCGUGCUGUUCACGUGCCUCACCACUCGAGCAGUACACCUCGAGGUCGCCGGCAGCCUGAGCACGGACUCGGCUAUCAUGGCACUGCGACGGUUCAUCGCGCGGCGCAACUGUCCCUCCGAGCUUCACUCCGACAACGGGACCAACCUGCGGGGCGCCGACGUCGAGUUGAAGAAAGCAGCGCUGGCAGCCAUGGAGGAGGAGGCGUCGGUGCGCUUCAUCCAGUGGCGGUACAUCCCUCCGAGCGCGCCAUUCAUGGGCGGCGCGUGGGAACGGCUGGUGCGGAGCGUCAAGAACGCGCUGCAAGUCACACUGCACGAGCGCGCGCCGAAAGAAGAGGUCCUCGCUACACUACUGGUCGAGGCGGAGCACACCAUCAACAGUCGGCCACUCACCCACGUGUCGACCUCUGCAGACGACGAGGAAGCCCUCACGCCGAACCACUUCCUGCUGGGCGCGCCGUCACGAGUGCCGCUGCCGGGAGCCUUCACCGAGGACGACGAGGCCGGCCGCAAGGACUGGAGGAAGAGUCAACGCCUGGCAGACAUGUUCUGGGCGCGCUGGGUACGAGAAUACCUACCGGAGCUGCAACACCGGCGGGAGCCCCGAGCCACCAACGGGGCCAUCAAGAAGGACGACCUCGUGCUCAUCGCGGACGGGACUCUACCAAGGAACUGCUGGCCACGCGGAGUCGUCGUGUCUACCUACCCCGGUCCAGACGGCGAGGUGCGAACAGUCGACGUGCGCACCAACAGAGGGGUACUCCGGCGGCCUACGAAGAAAUUGGUCAUCCUGCCAGUCCACACUUGA